CGACCAAUAGGAACGUUCGAUAACUUGGAUGCCAAUUCACGUGACGGCAUGCUUCAAGAUACCGACAUUUGUUUGAUGUCGACGAUCGCGGUUGAACGUGCGUGCGCGUAUUGUUAGCAUGAUUGCUUUGCUAACAUGAAGACUUAAAAUAUGUUAUAGCAUCUCAUGGAGAAGUUUCUGUAUUUUAGUUUUGUGUAUUUAUUAUUGUUGACACCAUUUAGUUUCGUUAAUUGUCAAAACAAGCGUAAUGAAUUGCCGAACUGUAACAUAGGAACGUCGGAAGUGUCUAUAGGUGAAAGCAAAAACAGAAGAGAACUAUUUAUAGUGAGUACUUUAGAUGGAAAGAUAUCUGCACUUGACCCAAAUGAUGGAGGAAAAUUAAUAUGGAGUCAUGAUACUGAACCUGGUGCCUUAUUAUCAUCAAGUAUUAGCAAUUUAGAGCUGUACAAUAAUGGAGACAUUGUACGAAUGAUCCCUUCAUUAGAUGGAAAUCUUUAUGUUUUUAAUGGAGAAACUAUAGAACCUGUCCCUGUUUUACCAGAAACAUUAUUACAACAUUCUUAUAAAUUUGGAGAUAAUAAUGUUAUUACUGGUGGAAAAGAAACAAGUAGCUAUGGAAUUAAUCCUCAAACAGGUCAAAUUCGUUACAUGUGUAAUAUGGCAGGUUGUACAACACUAGGAGAAAGUGUAUCUUCAACAGAAGAAAUUUUUGUAUUAAAAAGACAUACUCAAAUAUUGCGUUCUGUUGAUUCAAGAACAGGUGUUGAAAAAUGGAAUUUUAGUGUAGGAGAACAUCAUAUGUCUUUUAUUGAUGGUUUGCAUUCAGGGUGUGGAAAUAAUGAACAAGUUGAUGAAAUUGAAGAAAUACCAGAGGAUAAUUUUCAAGUAAAAGUGUACAUUUCUGAUGGUAUAGUUACAUUUAUUGAGAAAAACACUGGCAUUCCUUUGUGGACUCAUAAAUUGGAUAGUCCCAUUGUCAAUUUGUGGAAAUUUAGAAAUGGAAUAAUGGAAUUUAUAAAUCUAUUUGAUCCUAAAGUAUUUUCUGAUGACCAGAACUGUGUGAAAAAUAUUGCACCACCUUUGUUAUAUCUUGGGAUUCAUAAUAAUCAACCCUACAUUCAACAUUCUAAAGGUAGAAUGAAUGCUAUAUUUGGUGUUAAUCUUGGAGAUUCAACUAUAAAACAGCAUUUUCACUGGAAACCAUAUCUUAUAACAGCAUCAAGUAGAACACCUCACAUUAAUUUGGGUAAUCACGUAGAAUCUGAUUCCAAAAACUAUGUUAAGAAUGUUGAGAAAACUAAAGCCAAAACUGCUCUGAUUUUAAAAAGUGAUCAACUUGAUUAUCCUUAUGAUAGUGGAUAUUACCUUUAUGAAACAACAGAAGUAACAGUUAUUGAUGUUGUUACUGAUAAUACUAGUCAAUGUGAAGAAGAAGAAACAUUCCCUGACAUAAUUUUUAUAACAGGUUCAUUAUGGGAUUAUUGGAAAGAAGUAUUGGGUAUUUCUGUAGCUUCAGCAAUAAUACUUAAUAUUAUUUGUUUAAAAUGUAUAACAAAAACAGUUCGGCAGACCAUUUUAAAUGAAGCAAGCAAUUCGAAUUCAACAAUAAAGUCCUGUAAAUCAUCAUCCAGUUCAUUGGAAUCAAAAAAUGGUGCUAUUCAAACAACAGAAAUUUUUACUCAGGAAUUAAAAAUUCCACAAUUUAUAUCAAGGUAUGUAAUAAACAUCUAAUAUAUACUGAUCUAAAACUUAAGUGGCAAAAGUUUUUAAAUUUCCAAAUGUUUUUAAAAUUCUCUAU